AUGGGUAAAACUAAUAAGUGCGUGUAUGGCUAUGCCGUCUUUCUCUCUUCGUUUAUAACUUUCAUAUGUUCUUGUCGAACACCUCGAAUCUUCACGAAUCAUCCGCGUCACGCUUCCGCGAGAAUUAUGAAUGCAAUUCGAAUUUGUAUUUUGUUAGUCAUUGUGUUGAUUGUUGUUAACUGUACAUUGGUAUAUGGAAGAAGUGUGGAAACUAGCGUUCAUCGUGAAAAACGACUCUUUAGUUGUGCGAAACAAGGUAAAAGAUGUUCGGGUCUUUUCGGUAAAUCCUGCUGUUCGGGAAUGAAAUGUCAUUCAACAAGUGGUAAAUGUGUACCUCGUGGUUCGCCAACGUCAUGGCUUGGCGAUAGAAAUGGAAAAUAA